AUGCAGGUUCUUGAUGAAAAAGCUGAAGAAGGACCAAAAAUUAUCAAAAAAGAAAUUACCUAUGUACCUGGUCUCGAGAAAAUUUUUGAUGAAAUUCUCGUAAAUGCUACUGAUAAUAAACAACGUGAUUCAACGAUGACAUUUAUUGAAGUUGAUAUCAAUCAAGAAAAAGAUGAAAUAAAAAUUUGUAAUGAUGGUCGUGGUAUUCCUGUUCGUAAAUGGGCUCAAAAUCAAUCAAUUUAUAUUCCAACAUUAAUUUUUGGUAAACUUAAAACACCAGAUAAUUUCAACGAUGAUCAAAAACGGAUUAUCGGUGACGAGAAAUGGUUAUGGUGCAAAGGCAACAAAUAUUUUUAG